CGGCGCCGGAGCCCGGUGCCUCUCCGCGUCCGGGGCCCGAGGCGGGCCGGAGCCGCCGGGGACCAUGGUGUGGGGCCCGGAGGCCGUUCGCAGUUCCUUGCAAUUCUGAGGCACAAAAGUAGGUGAGACUGCUUUUGUAUCCGCGAAGUGCUUCACUCCUGAAUGUAAUUCUAGCUGAGUGCAAUCUAGGUUAAGAGCCGGACAAGCGGGUAAUUAGAGCCCGCUCGCCGCCCGCCCGAGGACCGGCCGCCCCGCCGAAGCGCGCCCGGCGUCGGCGCCCUUCUCCCGGCCGAGCCGAGCCGCGGCUGGACACGGAGCGCCCGAGAUGAUGGUGCUGGACAAGGAGGACGGCGUGCCGAUGCUCUCGGUCCAGCCCAAAGGGAAGCAGAAGGGCUGCGCGGGCUGCAACCGCAAGAUCAAAGACCGCUACCUGCUGAAGGCGCUGGACAAGUACUGGCACGAGGACUGCCUCAAGUGCGCCUGCUGCGACUGCCGCCUGGGCGAGGUGGGCUCCACCCUGUACACCAAGGCCAACCUCAUCCUGUGCCGGCGCGACUACCUGAGGCUCUUUGGCACCACGGGAAACUGUGCCGCCUGCAGCAAGUUGAUCCCAGCCUUCGAGAUGGUGAUGAGGGCCCGGGACAACGUCUACCACCUCGACUGCUUCGCCUGCCAGCUCUGCAACCAGAGGUUCUGUGUGGGAGACAAGUUCUUCCUGAAGAACAACAUGAUCUUGUGUCAGCUGGACUACGAGGAGGGGCAGCUCACCGGCGCCUUCGAGCCGCAGGCUCAGUAACGCCCGCCCCUGCCCGCCCGGCCGGCCCCUCUCCUGCGAUUGCAGCUCCUCCGCCCUGAUGGGAGGGACAGCCCUUCCUCACCGCCGCCCGUCUGUGUGUGACCCUCCCGGGGCCAGGCUGGGCCUGUACAGUCUGUCUUCUGUAUAUAAAUGGGAACAUUUAUUUUAUGACAAAUGUAAUGCGAUUUUAUUACUGGCGUGGAUUAAACUUAUGAAUGUUCCGGG